UAAUUUUUGGGGUAUGACAGCUGCCCCUGUUCAAUAUUCUUGAACCGAGAGAGUUAGGAUGGCGUGUAUGCCAUUCGUGGUCUGGAGGUGGAAGAUUAUUGAACACUAGAAUGCCUCAAAAUUUGCCCUCCUCUCUUGGGACUAGCAUUAACAUAUUUGCAUUGCAUUUUAGGACAUUAGGCAGUUCAUGUUGCAUAUCAUGUGGUUACAUUAUGCAAGCCAUUCUCCCAAGUCUUGAUCAGAAGAUGAGGAAGUCAAAAGUGCAAGCCUAGGUUACUGACUGAUCAUGGCCAUCUGAGGAUUGGGCCGUGAAUUAGGGUUUCAUGAUUCUCAAGGGUAUUGGUCUUCAUAUUGAUUGAAUUGAUACAUCAUCAUCAUGGUUGGAUGUCAUCAGAAGAUUGAAGAAGAUUCCUUGAGAUUAGGGUUUUGACCACUGGUCAACCCUAAUCAGUUGCAUUGGGCCAAUCAGGGCUGGAUCAGGAGAUGAGGUUUCUGAAGGAGAUGAGGAUCAUUUUGUGAUUAUAUGGUGAUUAUUGAGGCUAGGGUUUCACCCUUGAGCCAUUUCAGUUGGAGAUUGGGGUUCAGAUUGAUCUGUGCAUUGCCCAAUUCAUCUGUCAGUUGAAAAGUCAACUGUGGUCAACUGUACAUGAUCUGGUGAAUUUGGAGGUGGAAAUGAGUUAGACACACUUCAUUCAUGUUGGAACAAGUGUUAAAUGACAUCUCAAAGCUUAAAAUUGAAGAAAAUCAGGUCAGGACAAACACUGCCAAAAAUAGCAAGUGACUUGUAACUGAAGUUUCCAAAAAUGGAAAGUUUUUGACCUCAAAAACAGAAGUCCAAGGAAGCUUCAAAUGAAAAAUUGUUCAACAUGACAGAUGUAGAUCUUGUUCUCACCUUUCCAAAAAGUCCAAGAACUUGAAAAUCCAAUGUACGGUUUGCAAGAUAUGGCUCAGUGAAUUUCAGAAAAGACCCGUAAUCAGGAGGGCAUAACUACCACGUGGUUUAUCCAAAAUGCAAGUUCUUUAUAUGCACAAAUUCCAUUUAAUGUGUACUUCAAAGUUGCAUAAUUGGAUUUUUUGGAAAAGGCUCCAUGCAAAAUGCCAUUUUUGAAGUGAAUCAAUUUAAGGAGAGGGGCAAAAUGGUCCAAUUUUGGAAAUAUGGAGAAUUUGGAAAAAAGGCCAAUGCUAUUAGCUUCCAAUGGAUAUUUUGGACUUGUUUCAAGUGUUAAUUUUCUGCUGAAUUUGCUUCUAAGCAUUGAAGAGCUUAACUCCAAAUUGCACAUAAACCAAUUUCCACUAAUCAUUUCUCUUGCUUAAUUGUAAUUAUAGUUAGAUUAAGCAUGGCAUAUAAAAACAAAAACUCUAACAGAAUUUGGAGGAGCUUUUUUUCUGCUAAUCACGCUAAUCUAAUCACAUUUUCACAUUGAUUCUACACAAAAGCUAACAGAAAAUCCUUCAGCAAAAAAAGAUCGCACUCUCACAUUCUCUCUUUUUUCAAAUUCUUCCACAAAUCUUUUUGAUUUUUUUUUUGACAAAUCCUAUCAAGUUCUUUGGAAUUUUCUCUGUUGAUUGAAAAAUUGCAGGUAUUGUUGAGCCUCUAUUGAUGAAAGCUGGAGCAAAACCGCAACCGAUUCCAACUGUUACGAAGCCUUGAACGUCCAUAACAGUUGUUGAUUCUUGACAAUCUAAGCAUCUUCGAGCUCCAAGAAUCAUUCUAGGUACCUUCCAACACCGACUCCGUCAUCUGUUUCGCAUCACCGGAGCUCCAAUCGCAACGGCAUCGCAACUGUCAUCAAGAAAAGGUACCUUUAGUUGCUCAGUUCCUUGCGAACUUUUGCUUUGCGUUGCUUAAGCAACUUGCAUUGAGGGACACUUUUGAUCGAGAUUCUGGUUGAGAGACUUUCUGUUCAAUAUGAGGACCGGUUUGAAGAACAACAUUGCUUACAGUUUCUUUGAUCCAGAGAUUGGUGUCUUGAAGGAUAUGGUAGCAUUGAUUACUCCCGAUCAUGUGGGGAUGUUUAGAGAGUCAUACGGCGGUAUUCUGAAGACGGUUUUCAGGCUCACUGACUGCGACAGGAGCGCUAUCCACACUCUUCUUCAGUUCUAUGACCCUGGGUUGAGGUGUUUCGUUUUUCCAGACUAUCUGUUGGGACCUCUGAUGGAGGAUUAUGUCAGCAUCCUGGGUAUUCAGAUCCGUGAUCAGAUUCCUUUUCAUGUCACCAGAGCAGAGCCAGAUGUCCUUGGAAUUUCACGUGCUCUUUAUUUGAGUCCGGAAAUGGUCAAGGAAGGUUUGAAGGAAAAAGGAAAGCUACCCGGGUUUCAUUUGAGUUUCUUGGAGGCCAAUGCCAAGGAACAUGCUGCUGUGGGUAACUGGAAGACGGUCUGUGCUCUGAUUGCUGUGAGCAUUUAUGGGAUUGUGUUGUUUCCUAACCAGAAGAAUUUUGUGGACCAUAAUGCUAUCAGAUUGUUUAUACAGAGAAACCCUAUUCCUACCCUGAUUGGAGAUGUGUACUAUUCAGUGCAUAACAGGAAUGAGAAGAGGCGUGGGGGUCUGGUCAGAUGCUGCUCUCAGUUGCUCUUUAGAUGGUUCAUGGGGUAUUUGCCUUCCCGAGGUGCUUUUGUUCAGAUUGACCCUAGUGUCAAGUGGUCCUUCCGAUUGAUGGGUCUGCGGGCUGAUGACAUUGCUUGGACUCAUAAUGGUUUAGCUGGUCAGGACUUCAUAUGCAGUUGUGGGAGUUUACCUAAUGUGCCUUUGGUGGGAGUUCAGGGUUGCAUUAAUUACAACCCGAUGCUUCUCCGGAGACAGAUGGGGUUUGCUAUAGAGGGUCCUCCUCUCGGGCGAGAGAUUCAGGAGUCCUUCUAUUUCCCGAUUGAUGGUAACCAGACCAAGCUGAGGCAGGUAUUGGACGAAUGGCGAGAUAUCCAGAGGAGGGGUAAGGUUCCUUAUGGCAAAGUCAACUGCCGGUAUUUUCCACUAUUUGAGGAUUGGUUGCGGAAGAGGAUUGAGUCUACAUUUCUACCGUUCCCUGGAGGUGACUCAGUGUGUCCUAGGAUUGAGGGUCCAAGUUCUUCUGUCAGCACGGAGGAGUUCCUUGAGAUGAAGAGGGCCAGAGAUCAGUUACUUGCAGAGAAAACGGAGUUGGAGAGAAGUGUUGCUCAUUUUCAGGCAGCUAAUCAGGAAAUCAAAGUGAAGAUGGAAGAUCAAGACAAGCGACAUGCUUUGGAGGCCAAACGCUUCGAGAUGGAUACAGCCUACUAUGGGAAGAUCAGCCAAGCUUUAGCAUCGUCCAACAGGGAGCAUGACAUCACAAAGGAGAAGCUGUUCAGAGCAUCGAAGGUGAUUGAAGAUGAAAAGAGGAGGCAGAUCAUUGUCCGGGAUCAGAGAGAUGACAGAGUCAGGGGUCUCAUUGCUGAGUGGGAGGCAAAGCUGCAAGUCAAGGAGUCAGAGAAGCUAAAGAUCAUUGCAGAGAGAGAUCACUAUAUGGCUGAGAGAGACCACUACUUCAGGCAGAUGAAGAUUCAUCAGAAGGAAGUUGGAAGACUACAGCAGGAGAAUACCGAGCUCAGGUUCGCCGCAGAGUUCGCGAGGAUGGAAGAUGAGAUAGGGCCAUCUGUGGGACCCUCAUCUAGCUAGAUCUUUCAUUUGUGUUGAAUUACCGUCAGGCUUGUUGACGGAAUUCAUUUGUCUUUCUUUCCUAUUCUGGGGGAUUGUAUUUGAUAUUUGAUCUGAUAUAUGACUAUUGCACUGAUUGUGCACUCUUUUGGUUAUGUGAUGGUGAUUUUCAUGCAGU